AUCAAAUUGUUGUGUGGGUUGUGUUCGCAGCAGCUGACAGCUAGCCUAGCCAUGUCGAUAGAGUAGGAGCACGGACAGAAUCAGCAGGGAAAUGAGUCUCUAAAAUCUCAACUACGACCCUUAGAUCUACGAGUUCAUAUUAUUUUAUAAAAAAGGUUCACCAAUUGCCUGCUAGAUACCUGUUAUAAUUGUGUUAGCACUAGCUAACUAGCUGGAUGACUACGUGUCCCGAACCCUCAACUUGAAAACUAGUCUAGCUUAGUAGCUUGCUAGCUCUACUAAACUAGUUAGCUAAGCUAGCGACUCAGAGUCUCUAGCCUAUUAAAAAGUAGGAUAGCCAACUGGCUAGCUAGCUAACCUCACUGUGCACGACUGGCAUAGCUACACCAUUGCAGCCAUGUCGGCAGCCGGAGACUUCGGAAACCCGCUAAGGAAAUUUAAAUUGGUGUUUCUCGGCGAACAGAGCGUGGGGAAGACUUCACUGAUCACCCGGUUCAUGUACGACAGCUUUGACAACACUUAUCAGGCAACAAUAGGAAUAGACUUCUUGUCAAAAACGAUGUACCUUGAAGACAGAACAGUGAGGCUCCAGUUGUGGGACACAGCGGGCCAGGAGAGGUUCCGGAGUCUGAUCCCUAGCUACAUACGCGACUCCACCGUGGCCGUGGUAGUCUAUGACAUCACAAACGUCAACUCCUUCCAGCAAACCACAAAAUGGAUCGACGAUGUCAGGACGGAGAGGGGAAGUGACGUCAUCAUCAUGUUGGUGGGCAACAAGACGGACCUUGCAGACAAAAGACAGAUAACCACAGAGGAAGGGGAACAGAGAGCCAAAGAGCUGAAUGUUCUAUUUAUUGAAACAAGUGCAAAGACAGGCUACAAUGUCAAACAGCUGUUCAGACGUGUGGCGGCCGCCCUCCCUGGCAUGGAGAGCACACAGGACAAGAGCAGAGAAGACAUGAUUGACAUAAAGCUGGAGAAGCCUCCGGAACAGCCCGCCAGUGAAGGGGGGUGCGCCUGCUAAUGCCCCCCCUCCUCUGUCAUUCCCCUCUCUCUUUCUCACCCACGUGUUGUUGCUCUAGCUCUCUCACUCUCUCACUCACACACAGGCUUAUUCACUCGCCUCUGUACUGCACUCGCCCUGUUUCUCUGCCCCCCCCCCCCCCCAUCCUCCGACCUGCCCCUGCCCCUUUGUCUGCAGAUCCGCCCCCCCCCCUCCCUGAAGAAGAACACUACCUGUCCAUCAUCCUUGUUGUUCAAGUGGCAACCUGCUGUCUCACUGAGAUGACCUUAAGCUUAACAAGCACAAUGUGGACGUGAAUGCUAUUUUACUUCCGUUAUAACUAUCGCAAAUGAAAAAAGGAAAGUGUUCACCGUUUGUCCCCCAGAAAUGUUUCCUUUCUAAGUCCCAUUUCCCUCUGGUCUAUGCAGAAGUGUUUGUCGAGUCGUCAAAUAUGACAGAAGCCCGGGAGGAGCGCGUUUUUAAGCAGUUUAGAAAGUCGACAGAAUGUUCUCGUCAUGAUGGUGUGAACCACCAGUGGCUCGUGUCAGAUGUGGUGUGGAAGACCCAGCCCCGCCCUGGAAGCAGUCAGUGUGUCUGGGGACGGGUGGGUGAGGACCGCUCCUGACCACAGCCCUGCUGCAGGUAGCCCACAGGAAGGCCCCCCCCCCCUCGGGAUGUGUCACAACAGAACGCCACCAUAAUCCCACACCACACCGCACGAUGUGGCACGUCCCCUCCACUACCAGAUGACAGCAUGUAUCAGCGUGAAUAUAAGGGCUGUCGCUCUAUCACCAUGGUGACUGUCGUCAUCCUCUGCCCUCACCCGUCCUCAGAGAUGAGGAAGAGCUCUCCUCGCCUUGGCUGCCAUUUUCUACUUUCAUUUUUUGUUUGUUUGUUGGUUAGAUCUCUUUUAGUUUUUUUUCAAAAGAGUACACUUAUCAUAGAGGGAGAAUAUAGUUUGGAAAACAGUAGAGUUUAAGAGAAGAUGCUUUUGUAUAUGGAGAAACGUAUCAUAAUAAACACAACCCAGCUUCAACAUUAGAAAUCCAGACAUGCCUUUAAAAACAUGUUAAUUAUAGAGGGCUUCCAUGACUUUUUUUUCUAGAUUUGGUUCAUAUAACAUUGACACUUGAUUUGUUUCUUCUUUUGCUUGUUUGUUUGGUUUUGAUUACCGGUUAAUUGUUCCAUAUGUUCAUAUAAUCUACAGUGACUUGUAAUAUUUAUUUCUACCAGAUCAUGUUUCUUUUUUAUGGCUAAUAAUGUCUUCAUUGAUGGGAUGAACCCUUAACUGCUAAUACAAUAUUUUGCACCAUCUCAACCACUUUAUUUGAAACAAUAUAGACCCGCUUCUCUGGUGUCCUCUUCCCUUUUCAGCACCGAACAAUGCUGGUCAGAUUUAAUUGAUCAACACAGUGCUGUGGUUUUUGUCUGUCUCUGGAAGAAAUCUAUGCGUUCACCUUUGUCCCUAACCUUGUAUGUCUGGAUUGGUUCUAGUUAGAGGGACAGGUAAUAUGUCACUGCUUUGUGCUACAAUAUUGCUGUGCUCCAAUGCUCAUAAAUUGCACUGCUAGAAUUCAGCUGUGUCUUACUGACAUCCCUAAGAAAAGUCUACAUUUAGUAACUGAAAAUCCUUUUUGAUGGUUGAAUAAUAAAUAAAUGCUAGACAAGGCAAGCUGGGAA